AUGACACCUGGCCCGACAGGAGAGGGCCAUGAUGCGGGUCCACGCAGAUAUGCCUACAAUAUCGACGCCGCCCGAGAACGGGAGAUGCACUUGUAUGAAUCCAUCCCUUUACUUCGCGGAUUGACCAACGAUCCGGGCCGUGUGCUGUCUGAACCCAAAGACUUGACAUAUAUGGCAGCUUUUAGCAAUACUGUCAUGGCUGAAGUUUCGCGAAUGGACCUACAGGCUGCUGAUCGGGCCAAGAGUGACUUCAUCUCUUCCAUCUCCCAUGAACUCCGAUCACCAUUGCAUGGUGUUCUGGGUACGGUGGAGCUGCUCCAGGAAACAGCUACGACCUUUACUCAGCGAGGCUUGGUCGAUACCGUGUACAGCUGCGGCCGUACCCUGUUAGACACACUCAAUCAUCUAUUAGACUAUUCAAAGAUCAACACGCUGACGGCUACAAGAGGACCUGGCCAGGAAGGCCCCGAAGAUGGCAGCUCUGGAGCAAGGGUUGCUGUGCCUGGCCUGGUGCAGGACGAAGAUUUAAGCGUGUUAGUGCAAGAGGGAGUGGAAGGCCUUCUUGCCGGCGCAGAAUUCUACAAUCGAGAAACCGACACUGCCCCCGAGCGGACCAGACAAGAUGGCAGCAAGUCUUCUCCCUCUGCUCGGAUGGGGGAUAAGGAUCGCCGGCUAAUGACCAUUGUGGACGUGGAGUGGCAGGAUAACUGGCAUUAUCCUGUGUAUGCCGGUGCUUGGCGCCGAGUGGUCAUGAAUCUGUUCGGCAAUGCCUUGAAAUACACCCAAUCAGGGUACAUCCGACUGUUCAUGAAGAAGACUACCUCAACCACGCGAGAUGGCAAAUCCAGCCCUGCAGUAUGCAUCACCAUCAGCGACUCUGGUCGCGGAAUGUCUCAAGACUUCCUUCUGCAUCAUCUCUACAUCCCCUUCCUUCAGGAGGAUAUACAAUUGCCGGGACUGGGAGUGGGUCUUCAUCUGGUUCACCAGAUUGUGAAAUCCCUUGAUGGAAAAAUCGGGUUCAAAAGCGAGCUCGGUCAAGGCACGCAUGUGGGUGUCGUUUUGCCAAUACCCGGACCGCAGGCUGCACCGUCGCUACACUCGCCCUAUGUUUCUUUACGGGAGCGGCUAAAAGGAAUGACGGUCUCAUUUUUCACUCAGACCUUUGCGCGCGGUGAUCUGGGGAUUCGGCAAGAGGUCUUCGACGAAAUUCGGUCUACUAUGAGCCGGAUGGUCACUGAUUGGUUUCAAGUACGGGUUUUGAGCCCGGAUGAGUUGCAGCAGCAAACCCCAGACUUCCUGAUUGUGACGGAGCACGAGUAUCGAACUCUGGCACAGAAAUCAUCGCAUUCCGACGUACAAGGUUUGAUCAAUUCUGAAAGCUCAUUUCCAUUGAUUGUGCUUAGUGCACAAACUAGCAGCUGGAAAGUGGUCAAGGAGAACAAUAAAGAUCGCGCCAUCUUUCUAUCUCAACCAGUGAGCCCCAAAACGCUGGCAACGGUUUUCCAGCACUGUCUGGGCCAUCCUAGAGAGGCAGAUAACCCUGCCUCCGAGACGAACGGGCAACCGUCUCCCUCAUCCCCUGAAGAAAACAGCAUAGAAAUGGCGAAUGAAGAGGACAGAAGAACACGGAGAACCGUCUCACAAGUGCUUCUGGUGGAAGACAACGGCGUCAACCUAAAGAUCAUCGAGACUUGUGUCAAGAAUGCUGGCUUAGACUAUCAAUCCACGACCAAUGGCCGUGACGCGCUGGAAAAGUUCAAAGCCGAGCGAUUCGAUGCCGUUGUAAUGGAUAUCUCAAUGCCUGUGAUGGAUGGUCUCACAGCCACCCGGAAAAUGCGGCACUUCGAGAAGACUAACGAUUUACGACGCACGCCCAUCAUCAUUUUAACGGCUGUCUUGUCUGCAGACAUGCAACAGGAGGCAGAAGUGAGCGACGUCGACAAGUUCCUCACGAAGCCCACGCCGCUUAAGCAACUGAAGGAACUGCUGCAGAACCUGCCGCAGAUCGGUGGGAACCCCCGCAACGCAAUCACUUCGGUUCACGACAUCGGAAGCAUAUGCCCCUACCACAUCAAGCAAUCUACCUUUCAAACAUCUUCAAUACGCCUUCUUAUCACGGCCAUGGCUUCGGGAAGUUGUGCAUGCCGCUACAUCCGCUACACUACCACCAUCCCUCCCACUCAACUUGUGCACUGCCACUGCGUCGAGUGCCGAAAACAAGCCGGUGCCCCCUACAUAUCCUGGGUGGACUUCCCGACAGAUAGCAUCACAUGGACUGUCGAGCCCACUGCAUGGCGGGCAAGUAACGUUGCCUCCCGCACAUUCUGCCCGCGCUGCGGAUCAACUAUGACGAUGACGUUUGAUAACGACCCGUCUAGUACGGCCGUGGCUGCGGGGACGCUGGAUGCUGAAUCCGAGCAGCUAGUUCCAAUGCCCGGCAAGCAUAUUUUCUUCAAAGAGAAGGCGGCUUGGUAUGUAGUGCCGGAUGAUGGAGCCAAAAAAUAUGACGAGUGGACUGAGUAA